CCACUGCAAGAAGCUGCAAGUUGCAGUUGCAGAAAUAGUAGUACUAUAUAUAUAUAUAAAUAGUUUCUUCUUUUUCAUAUAUUCAUGGAACCAAUUAGAGAAAGUGAAGAACACAACAAUAAUUCAGAAGAUUGUUGUGGUGAGAACUCAAAGAACUCAAAAUCAUUUGGAAAGAAGUGUAGUCAUAUAGCAAAGAAACAAAGAGCUAAGUUUUAUAUUGUGAGAAGAUGCAUUGCUAUGCUUGUGUGUUGGCGUGAUAAGAAUGAUCAUUGAAGAUUGAAGAUUUUCACAUAGUUUGUAGAGAAGAAGGUGUACUUAGAGAUUUAUUUGAGAGAUAUUUUUUGUUCAGCGGCUUGGUAGGUGACAGAGAUGGAUUCAUGAUUUAAAUUUUAUGGGUUCAAAAAAAUCUUGUUUUUAAUAUGAACCUAUUAUAUGUUGAAGUAUGAUGUGUUUAUAGUUUCUAUUUAUUGUAUUAGUGGAUUUGUACACAUAAAUUUAUGAUUUGCUUCGAUA